AUUGGAUUUUUAGCCAUUCAGUUUAGCCUUAUUACGAUUGUUUGCACCAGAAUUAUACAAGCAAUAGAAUAAAAAUGGCAGCAGUUGGAUUAUUCAACAAACCUUUUUUCAUCAGCGUGGAGGAGCUAUUGCGCAUAGAUUGCAUUCAAACAUUUGGUGAACUUUGUGAGUUCUACAUGUCUGAAAAGAAUACUGGUAUCGAUGCAAGGCUGAUGAUGAUCCUCUCUAAUACAUACAUGUGCUACGAUCAAAAACGCAACACCAGGGUACAAAUUGUGGAUUUCUGGAAGUCUGUGGAUCAGCUUGGAUUACAUCACAUGUACGUUCAGAAUGGUGUAUUGAUAUACAAACAGCCAUGGGUGCAAAAUAAUUGUUUAGCACGGUUCGACUUUCAUCAGGAAAUUAUUUCCUUCGAAAAUCAUGAUGCCCUGUUCAUGGAAAACCAGUGCUUCCCACGGAAUACUGUUGUGGAAGCUUCGGAUCAGGCACAGGAUUGGAUCAGCCAAGAAAUGGUGAAGCCACGUGUUCGAGUGAUGAAGGAGAAGCUGAAUUUCACUGAUGUUCAGAUUGUAAAUGGUCUGCAGAUCCUUCGUGAAAGGG